AUGGAGUCUCUGAUACCUGUUAUAAAUGAGCUUCAUGAUAUUCUGACUAUUAUAAAGGAGGGGUCUGGAAGUUAUAAAAUUUCAAAUGAAUUAGGCUUGGAUCUUCCCGAAAUAGCUGUAGUGGGUUCUCAGUCUGUAGGGAAAUCCUCGCUCUUGGAAUACAUUAUAGGCCGUCAUUUUUUGCCAAGAGGACAAGGAAUUGUUACUAGGAGGCCACUAAUUCUGCAACUCCAACAAAUAAGACAGGAAAAUAGAGAUGACUAUGCAGAAUUUGGCCAUAAGAAAGGGCUGAAGUUUACUGAUUUUGAAAAAGUGAAGGAGGAAAUCUUGAUAGAAACAAACAGAUUGAUAGGAGAGAAUAAAAACGUCUCAGAAGUCCCCAUAUUACUUAGAAUAUUCUCAAAAAAAGCUAUUAAUUUGACUUUGGUGGAUUUGCCCGGGUUAACGAAAGUUCCGGUUGAAGACCAGCCAUCUGAUAUUGAAUCUCAAAUUAGGAAGAUAGUCCUAUCGUACAUAAGGCGUCCUAGCUGUCUAAUUUUGGCAAUCACUGCUGCAAAUACUGACAUUGCAAAUUCUGAUAGCUUAAAUAUUGCAAGAGAAGUAGAUCCUGAAGGACUCAGGACUAUUGGCGUUCUAAGCAAAUUGGAUACAGUAGAAAAUUACUCGACUACUAUCCAAGUACUAAGUAAUCAGUCAUACCCUUUAAAUAGAGGAUAUGUAGCAGUUAUGUGUAGGGAUUCCAGGCAGAAAGCAGGAGGACCGAGAUCUUUGAGAGCUUCUUUAAAUGAAGAAAAAUCUUUUUUCGAAAACAAUUCAAAGCUUAAAUCAUUUCAGUCUCGUUGUGGAACUUACAACCUAGUUAAUAUUCUUCAAAAAGAGUUUCUAGAUCAUAUUCUCAAGCUGCUUCCCCAGAUAAAGAACCAUUCAAAAAAGCUUAUAGAUCUUAAGCAGAUGGAACUACUUAAUUAUGGGGACUUUUCUCAAUCUGAUAUUUUGGAUGAAAUGGAGGGAAUAAGUGCUUUAACUAAUAGGGCCUUAUUCAUUGGAGGAGAGAGCCUAAGCUUUGAUGGUAAUUAUAUGAUCAAAAAUAAAGGGGCUGUAAUACUCAACUGCUUUUCAAAGUUUUCGAGGAAAUUCCAAGAUAUGAUUGACGGACAAGCAUCCUAUCAGACUGGCUUGAUGAAACUAUCAGGCGGAGCCAGGCUAAAUUAUGUAUUCCACAACUGGUUUGGAAACACUCUUUUCAGCUUUGAUCCUUUAGAUGGUUUAUCAGAUACUGAAAUAAGAACAGCAAUCAAAAACUCAACAGGAACAAAAUCAUCCUUGUUUGUAUCAGAAGGUGCAUUUGAAGUUCUCGCCAGAAUCCAAAUUAAAAAGCUACUUAGACCUUCUCUUACUUGUGUGGAACAAGUAUAUGAAGAGCUCAAAAGGCUUGUAGAACAGUGUUCUUUACCUGAGCUCAAUAGGUAUUCUAAUUUGAAGAAUAAUAUGAUUUCAGUUGUUAACAAUGUCCUAGAGGAAUGCCUCGGCCCAACCAACAGGGCUGUAGUAGACCUAAUAAACAUGGAACUUGCCUACAUAAAUACAAAUCAUCCUGACUUUAUCGGAGGCGCGUCUGCCCUUACUUCUAUAUUUGAGAAAGAAAAGGCCUGCUUAACUGAAGGUUUGACUAGAAACAAUUCUAAUGACAUGUCCAACAAUCCAGCAUCCAAUCCAAUUCUUCUGGAAACUGACUCAAACACAAUUACACCUUCAAACAGAAACAGAAUCGUUUUGAAUGACUUCUUUAAUGACCAGCACGAGCCUCGUAAAUCGUACCUAAUUUCAGCAGAAUACAACGAGACUGAAAACGUUGCAACCUACCACAACUACAAACUAAAUGAAACUUACUACACUAGCUCCGCUUCCAGAUCCCUCAAAAAUAUCGGUGGAAACUCACCAGUUUUGCCAACCAACCAUUCCGCUACAUCCUCUAUUGACAUUUUUAGCCCAGCUCGGCAAAUUCAGGGCCAGAUUACCGCCAAACAUGCACAUGCAGGGCUUUUAGGCGCCAAUUUGGUGGAGAACGAGAAAAAUUAUUUGGGGAAAUAUAGUGGGAAGAUGGGAUUACCAAUAGUUCCAGAAACGAUAGCAACAACGGGAGAUCCUUCCGAGCGGGAGAAGAUCGAGUCAGAUGUGAUAAAAUUUUUCAUCGUAUCAUACUUUAACAUUGUGCGAAAAAACAUAGCAGACUCGGUUCCAAAAGCUGUAAUGUACUUUAUGGUAAAUGCCGCCAAGGAAGCAAUUCAAAGAGAGCUAGUUGCCAAGCUCUACAAAGAGGAAAUUUUUGACGAUCUCCUUCAAGAAGAAAAGGGAAUUGUUGAAAAAAGACAACAAUGCCAUCGAAAUAUAAGCAAGCUGAGCAAUAUAACUAAACAGCUUGAGACCUUAAUAUCAAAUUUAAACUUAUAA